CUUCUAGUGCUCCUCUGCGUGGCUCUCGAACUCUUUACAGUUCACUCGUCCAUGGUGCCAGGUACGCUGGAGCUGCAGCUAGACGAAGAGCAGCCAGCGGGUACGGUGAUCGGGGACAUAAGUGCCGGCCUGCCGCCGGGCAUCACGGCAUCGCUUUACUUCAUCUCUGACCAUGAGGGAACAGGUGUCGGUUCAGACCUGGAUAUUGAUGAAAGCACAGGCAUCAUAAGAACAGCGAAGGUUUUGGACCGGGAAGUACGAGACCGCUACAAUUUUAUCGCAGUGACCAUGACUGGUGUGACGGUGGACGUGACUGUUAUAGUCAAUGACAUUAAUGACCACCGGCCAGCCUUCCCCAGGCAGCGGGCUUCCUUCAGGAUCCCUGAACAGACCACCAUCGGAACUAAAUUUCCUCUCGAACCUGCCUUAGAUGCCGACCAGGGACAGUUCACGACUCAAGGCUACAUCAUAACAGAGGGGAACGAUGGUCAGGCUUUUCUUCUUGAAACAAGACGAGGCUCAAAUCAAGUGCUCUACCUGGACUUGGUAGUCAAUGCCAUUUUGGACAGGGAAAAGAGGUCAUCCUAUACCCUCUCCUUGGAGGCUUUUGAUGGCGGAACUCCAAAAAAGACAGGACGGAUGAUUCUGGAUGUGACCGUUCAGGAUGUUAAUGAUAAUGCGCCGGUGUUUAACCAGAGCCGGUACCACGCUAUAAUCUCUGAAAACCUGCAGCCAGGAACCAACGUACUUCAGGUCUUUGCUUCGGAUGCUGAUGAGGACAACAAUGGCCUUGUGAUCUAUGAUAUUAACAGAAGACAAAGUGACCCUGAGAGAUGUUUUGCCAUCAAUUCUCAGACUGGUGUAAUAACUGUCAACAAGCCCUUGGACUAUGAGAUGAAAAGAGUCCAUGAGCUGGUCGUCCAGGCACGGGACAAUGCCACUCAACCUGAGGUCACCAAUGCCUUCGUUACUAUACACGUCAGGGAUUACAAUGACAACCAGCCCACUAUGACCAUCAUUUUUUUGAGCGAAGAUGGCUUACCACGCAUAUCCGAAGGUGCCCAGCCUGGCCAGUAUGUAGCACGGAUCUCGGUUACAGACCCUGAUUAUGGAGAAUACGCUAACGUUAAUGUGUCGUUAGAGGGUGGAGAUGGGAAAUUCGGUCUGACCACUAAGGACAACGUCAUCUAUCUAAUAUGUGUAGACAAGAUUCUGGAUCGUGAGGAACAGGACCAUUAUGAACUAAGGGUCAUGGCUACCGACUCUGGAACCCCUCCCUUACAUGCCGAGUCUUCGUUUACCAUCCAGGUCACGGAUGUUAACGAUAACCCUCCUUUGUUCGACCAACCGGAGUACACCCAGGUGAUCCCGGAAGUCGUCUUUCCAGGGAGUUUCGUGCUUCAGGUUACAGCACGGGACGAAGACCAGGGACCGAACGGUGAGGUCCAGUAUAGCAUUAGGCACAAUCUGAAGACUCAUUCUGACUGGUUCAGCAUAGAUGCCAUGACUGGCAUCAUCACUACCCUUACCCAGCUGGAUUACGAGACGGACCCUACUCCUAGUUUGAUUGUGGUGGCUUCAGACAGGGGUAGACCUCCUCUGUCCUCCACUGCUGUGAUCAGAGUCAUCCUGCAGGAUACUAACGACAACGAGCCAGUUUUCGGGAGCAAGUUCUACAACGCUUCGAUUAAAGAGAACACUGCUGCCGGGACUUGCUUCAUGGAGGUAACAGCGAGAGAUGCAGACGGAGGAACCUUCGGCUCUGUGUCUUACUCUUUCGGCUCCGGGCCUGGCAGCUCAACCCCAUCCCAGUUUACCAUCAACAAAGAAACUGGACAAAUCUGCACAACUGUUAGUCUGGACCGUGACCAGGGACCUGCCAGCUACGACUUUACUGUUACUGCCAUGGAUGGGGGUGGCCUUAACUCUGUGGCUUACGUACACGUGGACCUGGUGGACGUUAACGAUAACCGGCCGACGUUCUACCCCGUGCACUAUUCCGUGAGUCUGAGCACUCAGAGCAUGCCCGGUACGUCUGUGGUCCGGGUGACGGCCCAUGAUCCCGACGCGGGGGAGAACGGCAGGGUGACUUACCGCACCGCGCCCGGGGGCAGCUCGCCCCUCUUUACCCUGAAUAAAGACACUGGAGUGAUUUCUUUAUCACGCUCGUUGCACGUGAAGGCAAACUCCGUCAUCGCCAUGGUGGUCUCGGCUCAGGACGGCGGCGGCCUCGCUGCCACGGUUAACGCCAGGGUGAACAUCAGCAUCGUAGCAGGCCAGGUAGCGCCUCCGGUGUUUGAACAGGUUCAGUACUACUUUACUGUGUCUGAGGACGCCCUGCGUGGAACCCAAGUGGGCACUGUGCGUGCCAGCACCAAGGAUGGCGUCUCAAAAGAUGUUUCUUACACCAUCUGCUCUGGUGACCCGACUGGUUACUUCACUGUAGAUCCUGAGACCGGAGUUUUGCGUACCAGCCUUCCUUUGGAUCAUGAGGUCCAACCUGUUGUCGAUCUGGAGAUUCAGGCACAAAGUGGGAAUCCUCCAGCGUUUGGGCAAACCCGCGUCCAGAUCACGGUCGCUGACGUAAAUGACAACGCUCCGAUCUUCCACCCAUCAUCUUCUGAAUCUCUGAUUCUUUUGGGAGACACGAGAAUGGGAACGGUGAUAUACAAGAUCCAGGCCGAGGACCCAGACUCUGGGGUCAACGGUGCUCUGACCUUCGACCUGAUCUCCAGCAGCGCCCAGAGAACCUUUAGUGUAGACCGGAACAGUGGUGAAAUUCGUCUCAUUGGCAGCUUGUCUUAUGAAACGGUACCUCGUUAUGACCUGCAGGUCCUCGCUAAGGACAUGGGGGCCCCCCAGUUGAGUGCCACCUUUACCCUGGUGGUCCACGUGCAAGCUGAGAACAGCCAAGGCCCCGUGUUUGAGACCCUCACCUAUCGCGUGGAGCUAAAGGAGGGCACCCCGCUGAACACCCGUUUCCUACAGGUGCGUGCCCUCAACCGAGAAGCUGGCAUCACUUCGGGGUCCAGCGCUGCCGUCCCUCUUGCUUACCACCUGCAGCCAGACGGAGACGCGGCAGGCUUCGGCGUCGUUUCAGACAGUGGCUGGCUCUUCGUGAAGACCGCCCUGGACCGCGAGAUCAAAGAGGUGUACCUGCUCACAGUGCUUGCUACGUCCGGGCAGGGUCAGCUGAAGAAGACGGGCAGCGCCACUGUACGUGUCUCGGUCACGGACGAGAACGACAACUCGCCCCGCUUCACCCAGGAGAGGGCGUUUCUGGCCGUGAGGGAGAACCUGCCUGCUGGGACGGGGUUCGGACGCGUGCCUGCCACCGACAGAGAUGCUGGUCUCAACGGUCGACUCACCUACCGCCUUCUGCACCCUGAUCGCAACUUUCAGAUCAACUCGCACACAGGAGAGAUCAGCACUAGGUUAGCACUGGAUCGGGAGCAUCAGUCCAGCUUCCAGCUGGUGGUGGUGGUGCAGGAUAACGGAACCCCUCCGCGCAGCGCUACUGGAACCGUUUUUAUCACGGUGCUGGAUGAGAAUGACAACGCCCCCUCCUUCACCCGCUCACAGCCGGGCAAAGAUCUGCUCAUGCAGGUGAUGGAGGGACAGCCGUCAGGUAUUUUACUAGGCAUUGUGAUCGCCAAAGACUCAGAUGAAGGAGAAAAUGGGACUGUUUUCUACUCAAUGUCAGGUCCCAGAGCAGAGCGCUUCUCUCUUCACCCCAUCACUGGUGAGCUGCACUCGUCGUCCCCUCUGAGCCACGCUGACAGACCUGAAUACACUUUUACCAUCCUGGCUACAGACCGUGGGUCGCCUCCCCGCAGCUCCACGGCCACUCUGAGAAUACAGGUGCUCAGCUCCAGUAAAGUAUCAACCACCACCAACCUGGUCUCUGUCUCACUGAACCCAAUCGAGGGUGCGAAGCCGGGCUCAGUCAUCGGUUCUGUGCGCUCAUCUGACAGUCGGUCUCUCCCUGAAUCUGGUCUGGUCACCUACACAGUCGUAGGUGGUUCAGAUCGGGACGGGACGUUUGUAGUAGACCGUCAGACCGGAGACGUCUAUUUGGCCUGUGAGCUCGACUAUGAACGCGCUCCUCACUUUACCCUGCAGAUUGAGGUGGAUGAUUUUUCUGCACCACUUCCCAAAAGCCAUUUUGUAACACUGGAAAUCGAUGUGCAGGACAGUAAUGACCAUUCACCCCAGUUUCCUGAGGACCCGGUCACCAUUGUUGUGCCUGAGAAUUUGGAGCCUGAAUCUGUGAUCUACACGUUUCAGGCGUUUGAUAAGGAUGGGAGCGGUCCGAACAGCGAGCUGACCUACUCCAUAAUCCAGCAGUGGCCCAGCAGUGCAGAUCUUCUUCUGCUGAACCCAAAGACUGGAAUUUUGUCACUAGGUCAAACCCUGGACCAUGAGACUUCUACCUCUAUCCUUCUGGUGGUCCAAGCAACUGAUUCAGCCCUUGAUGUCAGUAAGAGAAGACAGGGAACUGUGACAGCCCGGAUCUUCAUUACAGAUGUGAAUGACAAUGCACCCGUGUUUACCUCACCUACCGUGGUCAGCGUUAUGGAGGACCAGUCGAUGGGGUUUGUGCUGCUGUAUGUCAUGGCUCAGGAUCCAGACCAGGGUGAGAACGGUCGGAUAACGUACAGCAUACAGAGUGGCAACGCUGAGGGCAAGUUCAGCAUAAAUCCUAAUACUGGCUCUCUCUCCAUCCUGAAGCCGAUUGAUUGUGAAGUCCAGGCCCAGUACAACAUAACCGUCGUAGCAGAGGACCACGGUGUGCCUCCCCAGUCCACCGUCCAGCAGCUCACUGUGCAGGUCAUCGAUGUAAACGAUGAAGCGCCCACCUUCGACGAGAGCGUUUAUGAAGCCUUCAUAACGGAGAAUCAGCUUGCAGGAGCCACUGUGCUGGUUGUGUCGGCUACGGAUUUGGACCAAGGGAGCAAUGGCAUGGUGGCAUACGGAGGCCUGACGGAUGAUAUUUUCAGCAUCCAUCCAGUGACCGGUGUCAUAUCGACCACUAAAUCUCUGGACAGGGAGACCCAGGAGGUUUACACUGUGACAGUUUAUGCUAAGGACGGCGGUUUCCCGUCUAAUUUUGCCAAGGCUACAGUGCGUAUCACAGUGUUGGACGAGAAUGACAACAGGCCAGAGUUUGGCAGGGUGUAUUACAGUCUGGAGGUGCCAGAGAACCAGGAGCCCGUGACCCUGUUUACUCUCAGAGCAACUGACCUGGACUCAGGGGCAAGUGGACUUGUGCAGUACAGGAUUAUUGACGGAGACUCUUUAGGCGACUUUUACUUGGACAAGAACUCAGGCCUGCUGUCCACCUCCAGAGCUCUGGACAGAGAGAAGAAAUCCCGUUAUACCCUUACAGUAGAGGCUCGAGACCUAGGAACUCCUUCCCUGAGCAGCACCGCCACUCUGGACGUUAGUAUCCUGGACCUGAACGACAACAGUCCAGUCUUCACCGGCAGCACGUACACUGUGGAGAUUGCUGAAGAUGCUUCUGAAGGUUCUUUAGUUCUGGAAGUCACAGCCACUGACCUGGACGAGGGCUCUAAUGGUCAGGUGAUCUACUUCCUCAGCCAGGAGUCUAAGGGCAUGUUUAUGGUUGACCAGCAUACUGGUCGCAUCAUCACAGCUGCAACACUGGACCGAGAGAAAAUUGCAUCCUACAGCUUCCAGGUUUACGCCAUGGACGUCUCUCCUAGCAACCCUCGCAAUUCCUCCGUUCAGGUCAGCGUCCACGUUCUCGAUGUGAAUGAUAACGCACCCUUUUUCAUCACAGAUCCGCUCAUCAUCAAUGUGUCCAGCAACAGCUUUGCCAGCCACCGCGUCUUAGCCACCAUGAGAGCCGAGGACAAGGACUUUGGUGCGAAUGGAUCUGUGUUCUACCGGUUUGCCAAUCCGGUAAAAGGCUUCACUAUAAACUCGCUGACCGGAGACAUUCAGGCAACUGAGAGACUCCACGGUCUGACUCAGAGCCAGCGGACACUCAUAGUCCAGGCCAUGGACCAGGGAAGUUCAGCGCAGUCGUCGUUAGGCGUGGUGGUGGUCUACGUCCGUGAGCAGAGCUACACUGGAAUCCGCUUCAGUCGAAACUCCAGGGACGUCAGCCUACAAGAAAACGCUGCCAAAGGCACGUCGGUGGUGCAGAUCCAGGCUCAGUAUCCUGACGGCUCCCGCAGCGGCAUCAGCUACAGCAUUUUUAGUGGCAACAAGCUGCAGACUUUCAGCAUCAGCUCCUAUACUGGUACGAUUACAGUUUAAAUCAGGAGCUCCAAGGGGUUAGACUUUGAGGAGACCCCUCGUCUCCGCCUAGUGAUCAAGGCUGAAACGGCCUCCUCCAGCUCCUUCAUGGCUGUAAACCUAAUCCUUCAGGAUGUCAACGACAACUUACCACGCUUCCAGCUCCAUAAUUACGUUGCUUAUGUACGGGAGGCCCAGGGAUACGAUUUCCCCAUCAUUCAGGUUCUGGCAGACGACGUCGACCAGGGUCAGAAUGGCCAGGUGACCUACUCGAUCAGGUCGUCUUCCAUGAGCGGCCUGUUCAAGAUCGACCCGCUCAGCGGCAGCAUCUCCACCGCUGCCAUCAUGGACAGAGAAAUCUGGAUACAGACUAAGUUGGUCAUCAUGGCGACGGACCGGGGCAGUCCUCGUCUGGCAGGCUCCGCCACUCUGACUGUGAUCAUAGUGGAUACGAACGACAACCGGCCCACGAUUCCGCUUCCUCUCGAAGUGCGAGUUCCUGAGAACACACUGAUCGGCACAGUGAUCACCCAAGUGACGGGCAAUGAUGUGGACUCCGGUCCUGCUCUCUCGUACUCCCUGCACCUGGACCCGGAAACCCACAGGAAGUUUGGGAUACAUCGGUAUGGAGGAGGGGUGUCUCUGACCGGAGAGCUGAAUUAUGAGGAGAGGACGUGGUACACCAUGACCGUUCGCACGUCCGACUCUGUACACCAGAGCGAAGCCAAUCUGACUGUACUGGUUGAGGACGUGAAUGAUAACUCCCCAGUCUUCACUCAGGACCUUUAUCAGGUGACGCUCGCUGAACACUCUCCAGCCGGCAGUUCUGUUAUAACUGUGACAGCGACUGACCAGGACUCUGGAGAAAAUGGCAAGAUUACAUACAGUGUUGUGUCAAGGAAAGACAUGUUCUACAUUGACCAAAAUAACGGCACUCUUUUCAUCAAACAAAGGGUAGAGUUUGAUUCAGAGCGACCAUCCUUCCUGGUGAUAAUCGAGGCUCGUGAUGGUGGAACUCCAACACUGACUGGUUUUACCACAGUGCAAGUACACGUGUCUGACAUCAACGAUAAUGCCCCUGUGUUCCAACAAACAGAAUACAGAGCGGCUGUGUCAGAGGACGAGCUCCCUGGAUCCACUGUCCUCACCCUGGAGGCUGUGGACGCAGACCUGUCUAGGGACAACUGUGGAUUUGACUUCUCCAUUGCCAGUGGAAACAUUGGCAAUGCCUUUCAAAUAGAGAGUAGCAUACGCUUCCUAGAGGGUCAUGGAUUUCAGAUAGUUGGAACCUUAAUCUUAGCUGAGAAGCUUGAUUUUGAAGCUGUACAAGCCUAUAAUCUUACAAUUGUGGCUUCAGACCGUGGAAUCCCCCAACGAAGCUCAAGCGUUCCUGUUCUAAUCACAGUAGUAGAUACCAACGACAACCCACCAGCCUUCAACAGGGCGGAGUACAAUGUUGUCCUCAGUGAAGGUGCCGAGACAGGAAUGGAAGUACUUCAGUUAUCAGCACUAGAUCCGGAUUCUACACCAAAUGGAGAGGUGCAGUACUCAAUCGUGUCUGGAGAUGAAAGUGAGCUCUUCUCAUUAGACCAGCGUACUGGCGCUCUUCGUCUGCGGAGGUCAUUGGACAACGAGCAGGAGUCAUCUCACAUACUCAUCGUGCAAGCCUCAGAUGCCCAGGGACACUUUGCUCUUGCUCCUGUUACAAUAGAGAUCAAGGACAUCAAUGAUAAUCGACCUUUCUUCCCUCUUAAAACACUGACGGCGAGCAUUCGUGAGAACCAGCCUCAGAAUACUCUAGUCACCAUCCUGCAUGCCAUCGAUCAUGAUGCUGGGGCAUUCGGUCAGCUAAAAUAUUACAUUAUGGAUAAAUCAGGGAGUGGCAAAGAGUCAUUCCUGGUCAACCAGACCUCUGGUGAGGUUCAGACCUGCUCCAGUUUUGACUUUGAGAAGAUGAAUGCAUUCCAUUUUGUUGCCGUGGCAAUGGAUGCGGGUAACUACUCUGCAACCACUACGGUUCAAGUCUAUGUGACUGGCGAAGAUGAGUAUGACCCUGUUUUUACGAGUUUAAAGUUUGCCUUCCAUGUCCCCGAGGGAGCAAAGAAAGGGCAAAGCAUCGGCCAAGUGAUUGCGAAAGAUGAGGACGGUGGUAUAGAUGGGAUUGUUCUCUACAGCCUUGCGAACAGCUCACCUUACUUUGAGGUCAACAUCUCUACAGGAGCGAUUUUGCUAAAGAUGGAUGCUUAUGGACAGUACACCGGUCGAUCUAAGAGAGAGACCCGUGAAAUGACUCUAGAUGUAGUAGCCCAUAGUCCGUUGGAGAGUUCACGAGUAGCCACUGCUCAGGUUAUCGUGGAUAUCACUCAUACGACCUUUGGUCUAACUACAGAUGUGAAUAUGCUGCUAGCAAGUGUCAUUGCUGCAUCCUUAGCAGCUAUAGUGGUCCUGAUUAUUAUUGCUGUAUUGCUCUACCUGUUGAGAUCCAGACGAAAGAAGUAUGAAGAGAACCGUGAUGAUAUUUUAAGCCCUGGCACAAUCCUAGACACUCUCGAUGAACCCACUGUCCAUGGAGCUGACAAACUUUAUUACCAGACUCUUCCUGGAUAUGCCGAAGACCAGAGUGCUAAUGAAGGAGUUUCUUACACUCGAGGUGGGUCUCUGGACCCCUCUCACUCUAGUGGAAGAGGAUCGGCGGAGGCAGAAGCGGCUGAGGAUGAUGAAAUUCGCAUGAUUAACGAGUAUCCACGAGUCUCUAGCAUUUCCUCCUCCAUGCAGGAGCACAUAUCAGCACGUGGACCUGACUCUGGAAUUCAGCAAGACGCAGAUCAGCUCUCGGACAUCUCAGGUGAGCCUGGAAUGGAUGCAAACCAGUGGUUCAAAGCCAAAAAGAUGGGAAGCCUGGGUGGAACUCUGCUGCCAGGGCAGACAGCAGUGUAUCGGGAUGAUGGUGGUGGGUACCUCGCGGUAGGACGUGGGCUUAACAUCUCGCAAACUAAAGACUAUACUUUCCCAGAGGAUGGGAAGCCCAUGGUGGAUGGAUCUCUUACAGCCAUCGUUGCUAGUGAUGAGGAACUGAGAGGCAGCUACAACUGGGACUACCUCCUUAACUGGUGCCCACAGUUUCAGCCACUGGCUAAUGUAUUUACAGAAAUUGCCAGGCUCAAGGACGAGAAUGCCGUGGCAGAUCCGAAGCCAAGAAUUGACCCCCCUCCUCUUAUCACAUCUGUUGCUCAUCCUGGGGCUAAAACUGUCCUUCCAAAACCUGCUGUUGGACGAACUCUUCCACAUGUUUCAACAUUAAAGCGAUCCCCAAUUAGCCACGAUGGCUCUGUUUCUUCAAUAGCCAUGUCGCCCAGGUUUUCACCCUCCCUGUCCCCACUAGCUGCACGUUCGCCAGCCAUCUCCCCCUAUGGUGUCAACCAGGGACCACCUUCCUCUGUUAUUAGUACUGACCACUCCAUAGAGCACAGCGAGGAGACAGAGCUUAGAUUUUAACCCUCAUAAAACCAUCUACUGGACUGAUACAGAACGCAUCCUACCUGACUCAGGACCCUGUACAUGACAG